AGCCGACCCACCGCGCGUCUGCAAGCCGAGUGGAAGCCGAGCCAUCCUCCGCGCGUCUGCAGCCGAAUCCGCAGCCGCCAGCCGAGCCGGAACCCGCCGCGCCGUUUCGACCUAAGGAAGACCGCCGACGCCGCGCCGCUCCGAUCAGGAGGAUAGCCGAGCCGCGUCGCGUCGCUUCGAUCGAGCCGAUCUGUGUAGCCGAGAAGCUCCGUCAGCCGCGUCGAUCCGAGAAGCUCCGUCAGCCGCGUCGAUCCGAGAAGCUCCGUCAGCCGCGUCGCUCCGAUCGAGCCGAAGGGAGCCACUUCGAUCCGCGCCCAGCCGUCUCCCGCAGCCGCCACUCGAAGCCGAUCCGCCGCGCGUGCCUCCAGCCGACGAACGAACCCGGAGCCGCUCCACGCCCGCGCGCCCGAAGCCGAAACCGAAGAGCCGCGUCCGCGUGUGAAGCCGCGCCGCGCGCUUCUGUGUAGCCGAGCCGCGUCUCCCCUGUUGCAAGCCGAGCCGCGUCUCCCCCUGUUGCAAGCCGAGCCGCACGCGAAAUCCCUGUACCGAGCCGAGCCGCGUCUGCCCAAGCCGAGCCGGUCCUGUCUUCUUCCAGCCGAGCCGCCAGGACUAAAUUGGCUCCAUCCACCUAUAUUUUGGUAAGCUAAUUAAUUAUUGUGGUUUUUCCGGUAAGACUCCAUGCUCGGACGUUAGUUAAAUUAAUUUGGAUCUAAAUUAUAUUAUUUUCCUCAAGGGACGUCUUGGACCAAGAAAUUACUGCAGCGCGGGAUUUCUUCAGUAGGGGCUCGAGCACUGCAACCUCCUUCUAGGGUAAGUUAAAUUCAAUUGAGUCUCGAACCGUUGGUCGUUGGCGACCUAUUUACGAAUUUUGACUUAUUAAACAGUUAGGACUUCGUCGCUUGGAAAGCGUACUGCCUCGCGGUUAGGACUCGACAAGUAGAUCUCCAGGGAGAAUGCCGCCACGUAGAGGUACACGCCGAGGAGGUGGUAGGGGAGGCAGAGGAGCCGGUCGUGGCCAGCCGGAGGCGCCACCUGUUGCACCGGCAGUCGACCCAAACGCACCGGUCACCCAGGCGGAUCUCGCCGCGAUGGAGCAGCGUUAUCAGGACAUGCUGCAAGCUGCUUUGGCGCCUUUCCUUGCCGCCCAGCAGAACCAGGCCGCCCCUGUUCAGGCCGAGGCCGCCCCUGCUCAGGCCCAGGCCGCCCCUGUUCAGGCUCAGGCCGUCGCUCCUCCAGCCCCUGAGGAAGCUCAACCAGUACCAGUUCAACUGUCGGCCGAGGCGAAACACUUACGGGAUUUCAGGAAGUAUAAUCCCAAGACCUUUGACGGAUCCAUGGACAACCCCACAAAGGCCCAAAUGUGGUUGACGUCCAUAGAGACUAUUUUCCGGUACAUGAAGUGCCCAGAAGACCAGAAGGUGCAGUGUGCAGUCUUCUUCUUGGAGGACAGGGGCACCGCCUGGUGGGAGACCGCGGAGAGAAUGCUAGGGGGCGAUGUAAGCAAAAUAACGUGGGAGCAGUUCAAGGAGAACUUCUAUGCUAAGUUUUUCUCCGCCAAUGUGAAGCACGCCAAGCUGCAAGAGUUCCUAAACUUGGAGCAAGGCGACAUGACGGUGGAGCAGUACGACGCCGAGUUCGAUAUGCUGUCCCGCUUUGCUCCCGAUAUGGUAAGAGAUGAGGCUGCCAGGACGGAGAAAUUUGUUAGAGGACUCAGGCUAGACCUUCAGGGCAUUGUCAGAGCCCUCCGCCCAGCCACGCAUGCUGAUGCACUACGUAUAGCACUGGAUUUGAGCCUGCCUGAGAGAGCCGAUGCGUCUAAGGCUGCCGGCAGAGGGUCAGCCUUGGGACAGAAGAGAAAGGUUGAGACGCAGCCUGACGUAGCACCGCAGCGAACACUGAGGUCAGGAGGUGUCUUCCAGAGACACCGACGGGAGCUUGCAGCAGCCGGGAGGACUCUGAGAGAGCUACCCGCUUGUACUACCUGCGGGAGAGUCCACGGAGGUCGUUGCUUGGCUGGAAGUGGAGUCUGCUUUAGGUGCAGACAGCCGGGGCACACUGCUGAUAUGUGUCCUCGGAAACCCUUUGAGACGACACCGCCCCAGCCUUCUGCGGCCCAGCAGGGGAGAGUUUUCGCCACUACCCGGCAGGAGGCCGAGCGAGCUGGCACUGUGGUGACAGGUACGCUCCCAAUUUUGGGGCACUAUGCUUUUGUGCUAUUUGACUCUGGGUCAUCCCACUCGUUUAUAUCCUCCGUUUUCGUUCAGCAUGUGGGUUUAGAGGUAGAGCCUUUGGGUAGUGUUUUGUCGGUUUCUACUCCAUCUGGGGAGGUCCUGUUAUCCAAAGAACAAAUAAAGGCAUGUCGGGUAGAGAUAGCGAAUCGUAUGUUAGACGUGACCUUGCUAGUGUUAGACAUGCAGGAUUUUGAUGUGAUACUAGGCAUGGAUUGGCUAUCAGCCAACCAUGCAAAUAUAGACUGUUAUGGCAAGGAAGUUGUCUUCAACCCUCCCUCCGAGGCUAGUUUCAAAUUCAGGGGGGCAGGCAUGGUAUGUAUACCCAAGGUCAUCUCAGCCAUGAAGGCUAGUAAACUACUCAGCCAGGGUACUUGGGGUAUUUUGGCAAGCGUAGUGGAUGUGAGAGAGCCGGAAGUUUCCCUAUCUUCCGAACCAGUGGUAAGAGAGUACCCCGACGUUUUUCCAGACGAACUUCCAGGACUUCCGCCUCCCAGAGAAGUAGACUUCGCUAUCGAGUUAGAGCCGGGCACUGCCCCAAUCUCGAGGGCCCCUUACAGAAUGGCUCCAGCCGAACUAAAGGAGUUGAAGGUCCAGUUACAGGAGUUGCUGGACAAAGGCUUCAUCCGGCCCAGUGUGUCGCCUUGGGGAGCCCCAGUAUUGUUCGUGAAGAAGAAGGAUGGGUCAAUGCGCCUUUGUAUUGACUACCGAGAGCUGAACAAGGUGACAGUCAAAAACCGCUACCCCUUGCCCAGGAUUGAUGACCUGUUCGAUCAGUUGCAGGGAGCCACCGUCUUCUCCAAGAUCGACCUGCGAUCAGGCUAUCACCAGUUGAGGAUUAGGGACGGUGACAUCCCCAAGACGGCCUUUCGAUCGAGGUACGGACAUUACGAAUUCGUUGUGAUGUCUUUCGGCUUGACUAACGCUCCUGCAGUAUUCAUGGAUCUGAUGAACAGGGUGUUUAAGGAGUUUCUAGACUCGUUCGUCAUAGUCUUCAUUGACGACAUCCUCAUUUACUCAAAAACUGAGGCUGAGCACGAGGAGCACUUACACCAGGUUUUGGAGACCCUUCGAGCCAACAAGUUGUAUGCCAAGUUCUCCAAGUGUGAAUUCUGGUUAAGGAAGGUGACGUUUCUUGGCCACGUGGUUUCCAGUGAGGGAGUAAAUUUUCUCAAGCGUAGUGGAGCAGCUCCAAAGCGCAAUGUUUUAACAAACAAGCUUGCUCUUCAUGUCGAGGAGUUUGGGGGUGAGGGUGCGAGCGAGGCUGAAGAGGUUGGUGGCAUAAACUGGGUCGUUCAUGACUUUGCUAGGUCUCUCAUCCUAGUUGGCUGCGAGAAGGUGGAAUUUGACUAUGCAGAUCUUAUUAAUGCCAUUAAAUGUAAGUCUAUGGCAUUGGCUGAGUCUCGAGGUUUGUUUCUAGGUGGUUGA